CUCACAUCCGCUCGCCUCGCUGUAGUGUUGGGGAAAAGGGACUUGGUGAAAACUAGCGAUGUCUGUGCAGGUUGUGGCAGCGAAAAUGGCAGAGGUCGAACUCAAAGACGUCGCGAAGGAAUUAUCCGCUGAUUCUCCCAUCACACCGACGUCGGAGGGAGUUAUCGGCAGAAACUACCCGCGCGAGGCCGGUUCCUCCACCGCAGCGUCCCCGACCGCGGAGCCCUCCGCCAAAGCCGGGGAAGGCAGCCCGGGUUUGCUCGCCCCGAACGCCACCAAAAUGCCGCAGGCGUCGGCGAUGAAGCGUCCGGACCCUCAGCAGAACGGCGGCGAGGCGUUCGUCAAUCGCGACGGCACCGUGGCCGAGGCACCGCGCAUGAAAAAGAUCCAGUUCGCAGACCAGAAACAGGAGUUCAACAAGCGGCCCUCCAAGAUCGGUCGUCGUUCUUUGUCGCGCUCCAUUUCUCAGUCGUCCACAGACAGCUACAGUUCAGCGGCGUCAUACACGGACAGCUCCGAUGACGAGACGUCUCCUCGGGACAAACAGCAGAAGAACUCGAAGGGCAACGGCGACUUCUGCAUCAAAAACAUCAAGCAGGCUGACUUUGGACGCCGAGAGAUCGAGAUAGCCGAGCAAGAGAUGCCGGCCCUCAUGGCUCUGAGGAAGCGAGCCCAGGGCGAGAAACCCCUCGCCGGCGCCAAGGUGGUGGGCUGCACCCACAUUACUGCCCAGACUGCUGUGCUGAUGGAAACUCUGUCAGCUUUGGGUGCUCAGUGCAGAUGGGCGGCCUGUAACAUCUACUCCACCCAAAAUGAGGUGGCAGCUGCUCUGGCAGAAGGAGGUUUCAAUGUGUUUGCGUGGAAGGGUGAGUCCGAGGACGAUUUCUGGUGGUGUAUCGAUCGCUGUGUCAACGUGGAAGGCUGGCAGCCCAACAUGAUCUUGGACGACGGUGGCGACCUGACCCACUGGAUCUACAAGAAGUACCCCAAUAUGUUCAAGAAAAUCAAGGGCAUUGUGGAGGAGAGUGUCACUGGUGUGCACAGGCUUUACCAGCUGUCCAAGGCCGGGAAGCUGUGCGUCCCCGCGAUGAAUGUCAACGACUCUGUGACCAAACAGAAAUUUGACAACCUCUACUGCUGCAGGGAGUCUAUCCUAGACGGAUUGAAGAGGACGACUGAUGUCAUGUUUGGAGGCAAACAAGUGGUGGUGUGUGGGUAUGGAGAGGUGGGAAAAGGCUGCUGCGCCGCACUCAAAGCAAUGGGCUCCAUUGUGUACGUCACAGAGAUCGACCCCAUCUGUGCCUUGCAGGCUUGCAUGGAUGGCUUCAGGCUGGUGAAGCUCAAUGAAGUCAUCAGACAAGUGGAUAUCGUCAUCACCUGCACGGGCAACAAGAACGUGGUGGUGCGGGAGAACCUGGACCGCAUGAAGAACGGCUGCAUCGUCUGCAACAUGGGGCACUCCAACACCGAAAUCGACGUGGCAAGUCUGCGGACGCCCGAGCUGACCUGGGAGAGAGUGCGCUCUCAGGUGGACCACGUCAUCUGGCCAGACAGCAAAAGGAUAGUCUUGCUGGCCGAGGGUCGUCUUCUGAACCUCAGCUGUUCCACCGUGCCCACGUUUGUGCUGUCUAUCACGGCCACCACCCAGGCCCUGGCUCUGAUAGAGUUGUAUAAUGCUCCAGAUGGACGCUACAAGCAGGAUGUUUAUCUUCUGCCCAAGAAGAUGGAUGAGUAUGUGGCCAGCCUACAUCUGCCGACAUUCGACGCGCACCUCACAGAGCUGAGUGACGAGCAGGCCAAGUAUCUGGGCUUGAACAAGAAUGGUCCCUUUAAGCCAAACUACUAUCGGUAUUAAAGCAGUCUCGGGGCAGUGCACAAAAGGAGACCGCAGGACUCCUCAAACCGCACAGACUCUUAAGAGGCCGAGGUGGAGGAAGACGGGACAGGGAAGUUAACACACAUCUUUUAGAAUGAAUAUAAGCGGGGAGGAGGGCAGGGCUCCGGCCGCGCCUGAAGGGGCAGUCGUUUAAUUUAUUCCCACUUGACGAUAUUAAUUAAAACCCUGAGGAUAUGCGGCUCAUGCUGUUGUUUGCCACCAGCUCGCUCCCCGGGAAGCCUCGUCUCCCCCCCCCCCCCGGAGGACUUUUGAUUUCCCCUUUUUCCUCUCACGUGUGCGUCGCCACACUCUCCUCCCAUCACCUUUUUAUGGUUUCAACCAAUAUAUAUACUUUAUAAGAAAAACCAUGAUUUAAAAAAAAAAAAAAAUGAAGACAAUUUAUUGAAGAUUUUGUGCUUUUUACCCCCCGCCCUCCCUUGUUCUUUUUGUCGUCGUUGUCGUCAUCUUUUAUACUUUUAUUCUUGUGUAUUGUUCCGGUUAGUGGGAUAAUACCUGGACAGGUGGGAAUUAGCCAAGAUCUCACAGUCCAAUCAUAUUUCUUUUUGUAAGUAUUACUUGACACGCUAUUCCUCCUCGUUAAACUACAGUAGCAGUCCUUUUUUUUUUUUAAAAAAAAGCCUGACUGUACAGUGAUUGGUUCUUCCAGCCGUCACUUAAACUGCCUUUCGGCUUCAGUGUGGCUAAAAAUGAAAAGCAUUCGGGAGAUUUUUAUUAUUAUUAUUCAUAAAAAGUACCAUAUUGUAUUCAAAGUGUUGUCAAAUCAUUACAUACUGUAUAUUUACAUAUUUAUAUAGAAAUGACAAAUUUUCUACAUUUUCUCCCUCUCAUUGUCUUAGAUCAAUAAAUGUAAUCGAGAUAAGCAAUGAAAUAUUCAAAUUAUAUGUGUCAUAAAUGUACCUAUAUGAAUAAAUACUGUGAUUAUAUUAACAAAGAUACCAAAACAUACAGACAGUUGGCUUGGGAACAAAGGAUCCAAAUUUGACGUUUUUCCUUUUUUUAUUAAGUUUAGUUUCCAAACUGAAAUGAUUCUUAUGGAAGCAAGUUUUCCUCGUCUUGCUUUUUCACGUUUUGCGUUCUUCUGCUUAAAGUAGCCGGAUCAACCACGCUGAACCCGCAUGUGCACCGCAGCUUUGAUAUCUCGCGGCUGUGCUGUUAAUAAGAGUGAAACGGAGACCAUCUUGAGCUCGCACAACCGGCUUGGCGAAACACUUAAUUCCCAAAUUGUUCCGGGUGAGAUUUGUGCUUUUCUUUUGCCCUUGAGUGAGUGUGACCUGCACGAGUGAAUGGUGAUUGUAAUAUGUGUGUGUAUGUCGACAUUUGCGUGUGUAUGUGUGCUUUAUAAACAGCUGCCUCAGGAUCCGAGCCUGCGCGUUUGAGGGUGGGAGAAUUUCCAUUUUUUUGUCAGCCUCAAACUGACCAUCGACCCGUGGGUCGGUGGGCAGGGGUGACACCAGCAUCGUGUAUGUAUUAUAUAUAGAAUACACACAUUCUAUAUACAGAUAUAGCAACCUUUAAAAAUCGUAGGAAGGAAAAUAAAUCAUCUCUUGUAUUUAUUGUUGUAAAUCCUUAAAAAAAAAAAAAAAAAAGUGGUGAAAAUUCCUAAACAUGUCUUGUCUCAUAAAGAGAGGAAAGUGAUGACGGUAGAUGACGAGCAAUAAUCUGUAAUCUCUAAUAAAAAUGUAAAAAAUAAACGUAUCCUUGGCCCCCUU